GCCAUAUCGUAGAUUUGCUCACUUCAUGAAAUGCUCGAGACUUAAUUUGACCAGAUCAUUAAAUCGUCAACAUUUAACGAUUUGGUCAUCCACAUUUGGCCGGAUCGUAUAAUUGAAAUGCGACCAUUUCAUGAAAUUCUCGAGCAUUUCAUGAAGUAAUCAAAUCUACGAUAUGGCCACGACAUAUACAUAUUUAAGGAAUUGCAGCAAAAUGCUCAUUUUAAAAAUCUGAAUUAUCUUUCACAUUAGUAUUUGUUGAUCCUUCUAUGAGGAAUAUUAAGUAAUGAUCCCAAAUCGUGUCGGAUUGAUAACAUCCGAGUCGAGACAUUCGUUACCAGCCACCGGGACGGACCGCACGCCGGCAGGGCAGCUCCUUAUCACCUCCAGUUCACGUCGAAUUAGGUUUAGAAAAUGGUUGUAUGUGGAAUUGUGCGAGCGGCGGCAAGGGUCGGCAGAUCAGCCAUGGUGUCACAAUGCUGCCAAAGAGCCGCCUACGCAACCGAUGCCAAAGGACGAUUUUAUACAAAAAAACACGAGUGGGUUUCAGUUACCGACAACGUGGGCACCGUCGGUAUCUCCAGUUACGCACAGGACGCACUGGGAGAAGUCGUGUUCGCCCAGCUACCUGACGUGGGCAAGCAAGUAGCAGCGGGCGACGAGUGCGGAGCCCUGGAGAGCGUCAAAGCAGCCAGCGAGGUUUACACACCGGUUUCUGGCACAGUAACAGAAAAGAACGAUAAAGUGGAAUCAACGCCAUCAUUAAUAAACAAGUCGUGUUACGAAGAGGGCUGGCUAUUCAGGGUGCAGAUAAGCAAGCCUGAGGAGUUGCAGCGACUGAUGGAUCAAGCCGCCUACGACCAGUACCUCAAGGACUCGCACUGACCAAAGCCUACCUUCCUAUCUAUAAGUUAAUUUAAUACUACACCCGUUUCACUAUGCCAUGCUAGUCUGGAAAAAGUUAAGCUUAAGUAACUCCUUCCGCCUUCUUACAAAACGUAGGCAGAAGUUUAACCUGGUCUAAAAUUGAUGCUGUCACUUGUGUUUGCUAAAAAGAAGACAGAGAUAAGUAAGGUUUCAACCAAGACUAACUUUUCUCAGCGUUUUGGAAUAAGGUGGAUUAAGUUUGUUAGGUAUACCGAGUUUUUUACUGUUCGUAAAACUUUAAUAAACAUAUUUUGAAGUCUUGAUAUGUUUCAUAAAUAUAAUUAUAUAUAUAAGUUCCCAAGAAACUGUCUUUGGAAUAAGGAAAGUUUAACAGAUUAUUCAUUGCGUUUUAUGGUUUUUAUUUUUUUUUUUUGUUUUGUGCCAAUUUAUUCUAGGAGUGUGACGCUUUUUUAAAGCGAGACCUUUUCGAUACAUAGCUUGAUCGAUUUAAUAAUAAUUUUGGAAAAAAAUCGGUAAACUUUGGAAAAGCUAGUUUCUUUUGUCAUGCCUCAUUCCCAGAGACAGAAUGCCUGGAAUCUGUAAAUCUCUUAAUUUCGUUAAUACCUCUUAAUUGCUGUAAUUUUCAGUAUCUAGUUGGAUCUGCAAACAUCGUCAACAAGUUCCUAAAUUAUUAUAUUUUAAAUUACUGAAUUUUUGAAAUAAAGACGAAUUUGUCACUGAACGAGUUAUCAUUUAUUCAACAUAUACAUUUUAUAAAGACUCAAUAUUUUCGAAACGUGGAUGCCAUUAACGUCACAGCUAAGUUCAACAGUUAAUAAAUACUUAUAAAUAUUAAGUUGUACAAAGCAUAUCAGGUAUAGCAUAUGCGCAAACUUAAAUUGUGUAGGACAUGUAUGUCCUACCUUAAACUACAAGACAAGAUAAAUAAUGAAGUAGUUUAGGGUGCACUGAACACAUUUAUCAUUUUCUACGUCAAUUUCUUUAUAAGUAUUGUCAACCUCUCGGCCAUUUUUAUCUCCAUCUGUCACGUGAUCCUGAUUUAUUUAGGACUCACUGAAAAGAAUUCAUUUAAGCAUUUCUUAAUAUUUUUUAUAAUUUUCUCCAAAUUGCUGGCCUAACGAUUUCUCCAUCUGCCGUUUAUUUCAUUUUAUUUCAGCGCUGCAGCGCCGGAGAUAAUUUCGAUCAGUUCCCUCGUAAUUACGGCCUGUCUGGUGCGGUUAAAUAGCAAGGUUAGCUUGCGAAUCAUCUCGGCAGCGUUUUUGGUGGCGUUGUCCAUGGCGGCCAUUCGCGCUGACUGUUCCGAGGCGGCGCUUUCCUUCAUGGCGUAGUAGAGGAGCGCUGCCACAGUCCAUUCCGCGUAACACUCCAGUUGAUCGUCUUCCACGUCGUCGAAAGCAUUCAUAUUGGGGGCGGACUGUUGGGGAGAAUGAGCCACGUUCAUAUUGACUAGUAAUCCGACGGGUGAUUAACAAUUUUCUAUCUGAUACGCAUUGCACCCACGCGUCAUCCAGCGGAAGAUAUAGAUACCCAUCCAUACAAGUAGUACAGAAUUCAUCUGCUUCUAAAGUAAUGACGAGAACCAAUCUAAGUAAUUAGUCUCUCUCGCAAUUCUUUUACCGUAUGUGGGUAUGUCUAGCGGAGCAAUGGAGUAGCAUAAAGACUAUCCUACAACUUAAACACUAGUGCUAGACUUUAGUUUUUGUUUUAAUAAAUAGCGUCAUUCACAAAUAAAUCAAGUGGCUUUCUAUUGGUAAUGCUGGGGCCACGCUACUAACGGAAAAUGCCAUUUAUUAUAGCUAUGAUGAACAUUUAAGGAACAAUACGUACAGAAGCUCACACAGCUCUGAGUUAUUUACAGGCUUGCGAGGCGCAAGCGCAGCCUAGUUCCGUCUGCACUCAGAUCGCGUGAACAGUGCGUUAAACGUCCAUGACCGCGAUAAUUAAUGGCAUUUCCCGAUUAAUUUCAAAAAUCGGUUCCGUAGAUCCAUAGAUUACCCCCUACCACACCCUCGCAAACUCUACCUCUUUAUCUAUAAUAUAAAAAUGAAUCGCUGAAUGUGUUGCUAAGUGCAAAUCUCGAGAACAGCUGAACCGAUUUCGAUAAUUCUUUUAUAGAAUAUUCCUUGAAGUACGAGGAUGGUUCUUAUGCAGAGAAAUUUUUUAAAAAAUGCCUGAAAUGUCCUAAAACAACACUUUUCUAUAUUUCCAUAAAAAACGAUUCGUAAAAAUACUUGAAAGUCAAUUUGAACUUUAAAACUAUACCAUAAAUUUCAAAUGUUAGUGGAGAGGUUCCGGGAAGGCAAAACAAUUGAGUGAUGUGAUGUCAAUAGAAAUUUAGAAAAGGCAAAUAUACCAUUUUCGGUUUUAUUUAUAAUUAUAUGAAGAGUCAUUUUAGUCUACACUACAGCUCAACACCGAAGCGAAGCGAGGGCGGGCCACUAGUAGUAUUAUAUAAGUACCUAAAAAUGUUAUGUGUAUAAUACAGUUUGUCUAUAAAGUCGUGACAUUAAAUGAUGGCGCCACUAGUAUGCAUGUAGCAACCCUGUACGUCGGACCAAAAUGAUUUUGAUACUAGCAGUUCAUUCAAGUAAAAUAGGUAAUUAAUAAGACACACUAUACAGUCGUAUUUUGUUUCUGUUUUAUAUAUAUUAGGUACCUAUGCUUAUAAAAAUCAGAAUCAGAAUAAAAUUAUUAUAGAUAAAAUAGUACUUUAUAGUGUAAAAGUGUGUAAUGUUGGUGAUUACCGCUGAGGUGCCAUUGAGACCAGAGCCGUUAGCCGUUAGUUAGCCGUUAUUGAUGAUUAAUCAAUACACACAAGUAUCAUCAUGCGACGUUUUUUAACACACUUGUUAAGAAAAUAAUACUAAAAAUCAUUUUUUAGUAUAUAAAAAGUUUAUUUAGAGAAAUAAUUUGUAAAUGUGCAGUUAGUAAAAUUAGUGAUAGGUAUCUUAAGUAAAAGCAUUUGGCCAUGGUUCUUUAUGUGACCAUUUCUUUCUUUGGUCGGCCUUGCCUGUUUUCCCAGGAGUUUCAAACUUUCCAUCAUUCUUAAAACCUUCGUUGACUAUCCGACUCUCUGAUUUUCUUGAAAAAAAGUAAAAAAAUAUGUAACGGAAUAGAAACAAUAACUUAUUGACAUGAAGCAAUUAAUUCAAAAUUGGUAGAAAACCUGACCGAGUUGAACCAUAAUAAGGUAUCAAAAGAAUUGGUCGUACUACAAUAUUACCUAUUUACAAUGUCAAUCUAACCUAAAAAUGUGCAAUGUAAACAAUGCCUUUUUUUGGUCUCAAAAUCGUAUAUUGAGUAAAUUUGUUACUUCAGGCAGAUUACAAACAAAUAGUUGCACGAUUUCAUACCCGUCUUAAAUGCUGUUCGCCCAUAAACAUCGUCCAAAUCCCACAAAAUUCGUUCAGCUUUUAAACUUUAAAAAACACUUCCCGCGUGCCACUCCUAUUUACUUUACUCAUUUUUAUACCUUUCUGCGUAGUUUCGUCUUAAUUUAUUACAGUUUAAUCCAAACAAUAAAAAAUACAAAAGGAAAACUGUUCCACAGCUGAAACUCGAUGACAGCUGAUGUACAUAAGUUUAGUGUUGCCAGACACAUGAAUAAUGUUAGUUCCUCAAACAUUAAUGUCACGACUUUAUAGAUAAACUGUACAUUAAGACUUAAGUAGAUCUUUACAUACCUCCAUCCUGACCUUGUCGAAUACGGGUAUGGUGGUUAGUUCGUACUUGACGGGCGUGAAGUACUUGUUGUAGUAGAUCUCACCGAAUUCGUAAAUGUAGCCAGACUCGGCGAUGGCAGCGGCGAUCAUUGACGCGUCAGCGAACACUGGUGCUAUGCGACCGAUCUGUGAGACAGUAGAAAGUGAACGAGAAUGAGUCAUAACCCACCAUCUUUCUAUGCAGUCCCAGCGAGGAUUCCUUUAAUUAGCUCGGUAUGAUUUUGGGAAAAUGUCUUUUAAAGUUCGACGGCAUACUAAGUUCAAACUUUUUAAGCCAUAUUCUCAAAAUCAUGUCGAAGCUCUUAAUGCAUUCUUCACUAGGACGGCAGUAGGGAAAGCCUGUGUCCUAGCAGUGGAAAAGUUAAUGGGUUGGCGAUGAUGAUGACAGGUAUAAGUAACAUAAGCUUUGUUGACACUGAUGAUUUCAAUGGAGCUAGUGGCUAUCGCAAACGGUCUGCGAUUGUUGAAGUUAUUUAUUCACAAUGGCUGGUCAUAACUUACAUGGGUUACCGAAAUGUUUUUAUCUCAGUUCUUUUAAGAUUAAAGAAAAAUCUUAAGAAAAUUGAACUAGAAAAAAAAACACGCGGACCAGUCAGCAGACGGGACUCGAACCCGCACCCUUCUCGGGCGAAUGCACUGACUAUUUAUUAUACUACCGCGACUCUGAUGGCCGUAUCAAAUUUUCUCUAGCCUUUCUUGAGCUGCAAGGCAGCGCCAUCUCUUCGCAUUGUAGGUAACCCAUGUCAAAUGAAUACUUUUACAAGUAUUAAACAUUGGAAAGAAUGAAAUCUUUUGAGAUUGUCAAGCGUUCAAAUCGUCAGCACCUGACAAUUUCAGACAGGCUGUACGUAAGCUGGUAAUAAUUGCACGUUUUAUGUCCGGUAAGUCCAGCUCAGCAGUGCCGAUAUUCAUAAACUUAUGAUGAUUUUAUGGAGCUACUAUAGUUUUGAUUGAAUUUAAAAUUAUAUUGGUUUUAAAUGUAAUUGUACGUUGAGAUGUUAUUUAAUUUGUUUUUAUGUAUCAUAAUUAUUACUAUUUAUUAUUAUUUUGUCAUUGGCAUAAUUGUCGUGGUUGAAAUAAAUGAUUUAUUAUUAUUAUUGAAGCACCACGUUCCGUAAAGUCGAGGUCCGGCCGAUCUAUUCGUGUGCCGGGCCGUUACACUGAAAUAAUCUAUGGAAACGUCUUUGAUUGACAGAUGUCUUAAAUAUAAUAAUAUUUUUGCCGCUAAAAAUGAUUGAUAGAGAAUAUGUUGAUUUUGUUAAGUAAAAGCUGUUUGUUUGUGAAUUAUAAAACAUUAAAGUGAUUAAGAAGAAUAGCGUGUUUAUUGCGUCGUCAACGACUUUACGACAUUCACGUUAUAUUAUUAUAAUUAUCGUAUGAUAUGAACUAAUAAUUAACGAAUUCCAGAUUGCUUCAAACAGUAAUUCAGUCCUAAAAAAUUGAUUAGCUAAGUAAAAAUUAAUGAUGUUUCGGCUACUCAAAAGACAAAUGCUUGUCACAGGUUUUGAAGCAAGAUUUGCGCACCAAAGGCACGUUGUCUUAAUAAUAGGGUAUUUUAGCUAAAACUUAAUAUUUAACGCUAUAUUAAACAAAGUGUCCUGAACUCUUUAAUCUAUGAGAAUUGCUUAACAGUAACAUACCACAAAAAUCAUGAGUAAUAUUAUAGUGUUACGUGUCGGGAUGGGGUUCGAAAUUAUAUGCCAGUUCACGCUUGACAGUUCUUUAUUCACCACACAGUUCACACAAUUAACGCACAAUGUUAAUUACAAAACACUCACUAAAUACUGUAUUUCACUAUACAAGUCUCUAACCAAACUCACUCGAACACUUUUGUUGCACUUUGAUCGCCUUUGGAUUCGCUCCGAAAUCGCUGUUGAAACUCAACUGUCUCUGCGCGGCGUCAAUCGCGCUUAUAUACGCCGAUCGACGCAUUCUAGAAAGUACCUGUUAAAUUGAGAAUUACCUAGCACCCGCGAGUACGAAAUACCUACUUAUACCUACGCAGGUAACACGCAUAACUUGUAAACAAGUGCAGAUGUCGUUGCACUUUCUCCCUUACGUCGCACUGCAUUAGGCUCAUUUCAGAAUGAGCCCCAUUACUCGACCUCUAUCGCGACCCGCGGUGAUCUGGCAUAUUCGAUCUCUGGCACUUUCGCGGUUAUGUUUCGAGAGCGUUUGUGACAAUAGAAUAAGACAAGCACCUAUCAUUAUCUUGAAAGCAAAAAACACUAAUUGGCACAUUGCUACUAAAGUCUCGUGGUGCUUACAAAUAUUACAGCUAUUAACAAUUAUAUUACAAUAUAAUAUAAUUGUUAAUAGCUGGUGUAAUAUAAUUGUACACGCGCACAGCUAUCAACAAUUAUAUUACACUAGCUGUGCGCGUGUACAAUUAUAUUACACCCGCGGUUUAUUAGGGAUAUUUUCCCGCAGUAAAAUGUAGCCUAUGUGUUAAUCCAGGGUGUAAGCUAACUCCAUACCAAAUUUAUUUAAAAUCGCUCCAGCCGUUUAGACGUGAAGAAGUAACAAACAUACACCCUGACAAACUUUCGUGUUUAUAAUAUAAGUGUGAUUUUCCAUCGCUUGUUAGGGCAGUUGCUCUUCGCUAAGAAAAUCACUAAGGGUUUCUCACUCUAUUAAAGACAGUUACCGUUACUUCUUCAUCAUCAUCAGCCUAUUAGUGUCUCCACUGCUGGGGCACAGGCCUUCCCUAUGGAUUGAAUAGGGAGAUUGGGCCAUGACCCACCACACGGGCCCAGUGCGGAUUGGUGAGUGCUAACGACUGCAGAUGCAGCCGGGACCAACGGCUUAAAGUGCCUUCCGAAGCGCGGAGGAGCUCGAGAUAGUAAUUUUAGGUCACCCAUCCAAUGACCGACCACUGCGCAUGUUGUUUAAGUUCAACGAUCGCAGCCGAACGCGCUAACCACUUGCGCCAUUGAUUGAGCUCCUCGAAUCCUACUAUUUAUUAUCAAUUUUUUUGAAAGUUUUCAGCUGAUCAAUUAUAUGCGUUUUCUUGGCAUUUCCCAAUUAUUGAUGCUCGAUUCCCAAAAUUUCUUGAAAAGGGAGUAGGUACAGUAAAAGGAAUGCUUACAUCUUUAACGCUGACGAGCAUGUUUGGCGCAAAUAUGCGUCGCAGCAUGGCGCGUGACUUGUCACCGAUGCAGACCACCUUGCUAGAAGGUCCCUCCGCCUUGCGAGCAGUCAGGUCCCGCCUAAUACGCCGGGCCACGCCGCUGUGUACACCUCCGCAAAGACCUGAACGAAUCCCAAUUUUUCAUUGUAACCAUUUUUUUUAUUGAAGUUAUACUUCUUUAGGCGCGUUAUGAAAAAAUGAUGAGAGUGAAAUUUGAACAUGCGCGCGCAUUACUAUAACACAAAAAUUAACAGCAUGAAGUUGGUCCACCAGGUUGACCAACUUCAUGCUGUUACUUUUGUGUUUACCGCACAUUAAGAAAAUCUACCAACAAAAUAGAAAUAGAAUCUCUAUUUAGUGGGUGCUAACGACUGCAUUGUGAAGGCCUAUCAAAAGUAUUUAUUAAUCUGGAACAACGGAACCAAAGCGCGAUUCAGGAGACUACAGCGCCAUCUCUUGACCAUUGGUGUAGUAGAACCAAAAACCACAUCUUUAUUUUUU